GUAGUGCAGGCACGUCGGUUAUGUUUAAUAAAAACGGUGACGCCCCGGGACGCUACGACCUGUUCCAGUUUCAGAUGACCAACUCCAGUGUUCCUGAUUACAGGCCAAUCGGACAGUGGGUGGAGACACUCCGACUCAGGGUAAGGUUAUGGCCUGUAAUCUUGGCUGGGACCAAGGCCACAUGGUCCAAAAAUCCUUAUAAUGCUUAUAAUGGCCUUAUUUGAUUAUAUUUAUGAUCUGUAGAGAUACAUUUAAUUCAUUUUAGAAAAAUGUAAGUGGAUAAUAGGCAGAAUCUACCACAUACCCAAAGCUGAUUAGUGAAGGUGCUGGAAGCAAGAGACAAAACAGGAAAAAGUCGCUGCACACUUCCAGUCAGAUGCACAUUUCUUUGAAUAGUAGCUUUCAGUCAGUCGACCUUCAUCAGCGCAUGCUCUGAUGAAGUCUCUGAUGAAGGUCGACUGACUGAAAGCUCAGCUACUAUUUAAAGCAAUUUGCAUCGGACUGAAAGUGUGCAGAGACUUUUUAUCAGAGAAAUAUAAGUGGCACUUGAGAAAAUGGGGAUUGAUUGGCCACUAAUUAGUACAAAACUUGUUUAGGAAGAGCAACGUAAAAUCAAAUUGAGGAAUUAGCCUAUAGGCCUGAGACUGUUGCGCUUGCUUUUUGGCAAGACAACGAUUAGUUGUCUAAAGCAGAAAAAGACUGGCACCUGUCUAAUGAAAUAAGUUUGUCAAGAAAUAUUGAGGAGACAGAUGAUGUUGAUGAUGUCAUCUCUGAUGAAGAGCUGCAUCAUAAUGUGUGUGUCUAAAUGCGGCUUAAAUCUACCCUGACAACAACAAACCCAACGAACCACCCCUCUUCCCAAAAUAAUAAAGAAAGAUAAAUAAAUAAAUUAUAACUACAGCAGCCAUAUCAGUCCAAGGUGACAAAUCUUGCUUUGUGGUCUCCAUAGCAACAGUGGUGUUGGUCUCAUUACUGUUUCCACCCGGAGAGUCAGUGUUUAAUCAGGACCUGUUCCAGGGAGCAACAUUGUCCACAUAACAAAUCACAGCCCCCAGUCCCUGCACAGAUAACUGAGAGCAGAUCAUAAUCCACUGAGACAGCGUUGAGACAACACAUUUGUCAUACACGUGAGCUGCAGGACAUGAGAGAGUAGCGUAUACAGGAAUGCUCACACACACACUGUAGUCAUUGUAGGUAUUGGCUUGCACUAAGGUAUUGACCAGACAAAAUGAGUAGAUUUGAAGACAGCUGAAUCUUUUGGUGUGAUAAUCUCUGGUUGUGUAAUAUCUUAAAGCCCCAGCACAGACUUUAAUGUGAUUAUUAUCAGAGCAAUUUACAGAAUCAUUCCAAAUAUGUCAUGGUUUUUGGGAGCCAGAGAUAUGGGGAAAAUUAUACAAGUUGUGAUGUUGGAUGGCAAAGUGUAAGACAAAGAGUUGUUCUAGAUGACUUGUACUGACUUUAAGGUUUAACAUCAAGUGUGACUUUGUUAAACUAAUAUUGUCGUCAAAUGCAAUGCCAAAGAAAUCCACAGGAGUGUUGAGGCUCAGUAUGUUUUAAGUAAUUCAGUAACCUUCUCUAAAUUCUCUCUGUAGUCGACUCUACAUCUUUGUGACAAAAUAACAAUUCUGAAGAGAAAUUCCCCCUCUAAAACUGUUGUAAAAUCAGCAUUUUUAAGGCGGUAAAUCUGAUUCUCCUAAACAAAUCCCAUUUUUCAUACCUCUCUGGCUUCUGCGCUCUUUAUUAAUCACAUAACAUACUGUAUGUGUCUGGCAUUUCAUUGUUUUUCUCUUUUAAGUUCUGUCUCCAUGGUGAUAUGAAUUACUCUUGAGUACGGAAUAGGACACAUGAAAGUAUAUUGGUUUAUUUAGGUUAUUCUUAGCAAUCUUAUGAUUGAUGAAAGAGAUAUUGUAUUCUCCGCUGCAACAACUCAAUGGAGGUUAUAUUAAGUGUAAUCUAGAGUAUAGCACUUGCUGCAGUAGUAGCGAGUUAGCCAGUAAGACAUGGUGUGACAUGAGACAUGUACCUCAUCCUGUAUGCACACACCAAGUCCAGGCCCAUUUGCCUGUCAGGUAGAUGUAAACCACUUCAUCCCUAUCGACCAGCCCUCUUAUCUGAAGUGCUACCUCCACUGCUUACCUCCCUCUCACCCCGUGGCCUGUGUCCUCUCUCUCUCUCUCAGCUCGAGGAGAUGCAGUGGCCAGAAGGGGAGCCGGAUGUUCCUAUCUCUGUGUGCAGUCUGCCCUGUAAGACAGGUGAGAGGAAGAAGAGGGUGAAGGGCAUGCCAUGCUGCUGGCACUGUGAGCUGUGUGAUGGCUACCAGUACCAGUAUGAUGAGACCUCGUGCCGCCUGUGCUCCUACGACAUGAGGCCCGACCCCAACCGGACGGCCUGCCAACCUAUCCCCAUCGUCAAGCUGGAGUGGCACUCCCCCUGGGCCGUUAUUCCCGUCUUCCUCGCCAUGCUGGGCAUCAUCGCCACCAUCUUCGUCAUGGCAACGUUCGUACGCUACAAUGACACACCCAUUGUGCGGGCAUCGGGCCGCGAGCUGAGCUAUGUGCUGCUGACGGGCAUAUUCCUGUGUUACAUCAUCACCUUCCUGAUGAUUGCCAAGCCCGAUGUGGGCGUGUGCUCCUUCCGGAGGAUCUUCCUGGGCCUGGGGAUGUGCAUCAGCUACGCCGCGCUGCUCACCAAGACCAACCGCAUCUACCGGAUCUUUGAGCAGGGCAAGCAGACGGUGACCGCCCCACGUUUCAUCAGCCCCACCUCCCAGAUCGCUAUCACCUCCUCCCUCAUCUGCCUGCAGCUGCUGGGCGUGCUCAUCUGGUUCGCCGUGGACCCACCCAACACCAUCAUUGACUACGACGAGCAGAAGACCAUGAACCCCAACCUGGCGCGUGGCGUGCUGAAGUGUGACAUCACGGACCUGCAGAUGAUCUGUUCGCUGGGCUACAGCAUCCUUCUCAUGGUCACAUGUACCAUCUACGCCAUCAAGACCCGGGACGUGCCAGAAGACUUCAACGAGGCCAAGCCCAUCGGCUUUACCAUGUACACCACCUGUAUCGUCUGGCUGGCCUUCAUCCCCAUCUUCUUUGGCACAGCCCAGUCUGCAGAGAAGGUGAGUCAUCCCUCUCUCCCUCUCCCUCCGGCUGCGCUGCUUCCUCUCCUUCCAGCCUGUGUUUUAUCUCAUGCAAACACACACACUGACACUGACACACACAUAGAGACGCAAGAACAGGCACACACAUAAGCAAACACACACACACAGUGGCUGUGUGUGUUCAAGACUCAUUUUCUUUUGAUUUCAAAUUCAUAUGGCUUAGAUGUGCAUAAAAAACCCACACAAGGACCGCAGGAGACGUAAAUAGGCAUUGUAAAGGGGAGGGGGAUAUUCUAAGAAGAUGAAUGCCUGAGGAGAGCAUGGAAAGGAGGGGGGUAGUAAUUAUCUUAGCUCUCAAGCCUGGGGCUCAACACUAUUAUGCCUCAUCCUGUGGAGGAAGAGGUGGAGGAGGAGGAGGAGGAGGAGGAGGAGUAGGUGGAAUAGGAGGAGGAGGAGGAGGAGGAGGAGGAGGAGGAGAAGAAAAAGGGGGAUAAAUCGUCUGACUCACGACAUUCCAUUCCUUGACAAGGUGCACUUUAGAAAUGCACUUGACAUCAGCAGCUACUGGAGUUGAUUGAGAAUCCUGACCCUCUGUGCUAGUCAUUGCUUAUCUGAACAGUAUUGGACAGAAUACAGACGCAUUUAUCUGCUCUAUUCAGGAGCUGCGUGUGAUGCUUGGCAGGCCUUCUGUACAUGAUGUAGCUGAGUGGAUGUUUUCCACUGACAGAAUAUCGACGUCGACAGGAAAGUGUUACUCCUAACCUUUUGAGAGUCGCACCGUUCAAUAUCCUUUCUGCUAGGCUACAGAAAGAGAGAGAUCACAAAAUGAUUUUCCUCAUCAAUUUGCCUCUGAUUUCAUAGAUGAAUUACGCUCUCAGAAGCGAUUAGGAGUACAUUAUGUUACGCGCAGUGACUAGAGAGCCUGUAAUGUGUUUAUCUAUCUUGAUGCAGUUAACUCUUACAGAACACUGGCUAUCAUCUUACACACUCCUAAGCCACAAAGAAAGUGCUAGCCUCUUGAUGCAAGGCUCUUUGUAGGCCCACUCCUGUGGCCUUCAGCAGAUAGGGAGGAGUGGUUUACAGGGACCCCUCCAUUACCCCUUAAGUGUUUGUGUGUCUGUGUGUUUGUUUGUGUGUGCAUUUGCGCAUGUACACAUGUGUGUGUUUGCUAUGUGCACAGGGUCUGAUUGCUAUAUUUGACCAGGCUCCUUAUCUCAAAAUGACCUUGCACUUGUUGCUUGUGACUGAUAAGCAUUAAUUGAUUAAUUGAUUUAGAUUUAUCUUGGCCAUUCAGGGACUCCCACUAUCUAAAGAUGUGUGGCAACAUGGUGGCGAUACGAUGCCAGGGAACUCCUAAUAUUGAGUCUGAGAUUGAGAUAUCCAGUUGACCUUAUGUUAUUGUAUCCCGCUUUGAUCGCACAGCCAAAGCUCUGUUGCCGUAUUGACUGAAUUCUCUGCAGCUCCGCGCCAUUCCGAUGCCUGCCCUUAUUUUUCCGCACCUGUGCCUCCCCCACACCCAAACCCAUGUUGUGUGAAGCCAUGCACACACGGCAACAAAAGAUCACACAGCGGUCCCUCUACACCUGCAUUCUCUCAGUCAGCCGCUCAUCAGUCAGCACACAGGCUAAUGACUGUGAGAAUCACCAGCUUCCAAAUCCAACUUGUUUAAUGUGCCACUGCCUUCCACUCACUAGGAAUGGGGAAUGAUCCAACAGUAUGUAACUGUUGGAAUAGAACUACUUGUAAGGUAUUGUGAAUAAUCCUGUAAUAAGAAUGUGCACCUGUGUUUAAUUCAAGCAAAGCCGCAAAUAACAUUGGAAAAUGUGGGUAUUAACUGUCAUAUUGUCUGCUGUUUUUUACAAGAAUUUAAAACAUUCUGGAGUGAUCAGGUAUCAGGUUCCAGGUUUACCCAUCGUAUUUGAAUGUUUCAAGAAUCUCUAAGUAAUCUCUAACUGUGUAUCAUUCACUACAUUUGACCAAGUGAAAACCACCUUUGUGAAGAACUCUGUGGUGACUCUUGACACCAAACAUCACACAACCAAACUUUUCCCUGAAAGUAUAGAAACUUCGAUAAGAGUUAACCACACUCGGAAAUGGAAACUCAUGUUAAACCAAACUUUAAUACCUCAACACGUCUUAGAAGCACUUAAAGUCUUGUAAGACGUCACUUGUGUUUAUGUGAACUUCUUAAAGGGUUAUUAAAGAUGUCUGGCAAGAAGCAUUUCCUCCUUCAACUUUUAAGGGGGCGGAAAAAUAGCAUCUUCUGCAGCAGCAUCUCCCGAUCUGCUUGUAUUUCAGCAAAUAAUUUUUUGGGACAAGAGUUAGACAUGACAUUUUCUUUGUCAAGGCACUCUGCAUUCCUGAAUUGAUACUCUGGAUGCCUACUGACUGUGUCUGCCUGGGAUUGCAAUCUGGAACCUCAAACAACAUGCAAUGCUCGCCAAAGCUUUACAAUCAACAGAAGGAGAACUGCGGGAACCAGGGGCAUUAAGUUAAGCCUUAUCCUUAUUAUAGUGGUUAGAGAUUGAGAAUGUCUUCUGAAAGGGGGGAUAUCUUUUUAACAAGAAAGCACCAGGCCAAGAGGGUAACCUAAAAGGAUGCAAUAAGCUGAGCACAUGUCGAUAAUAACUGGAAAUUAUUGUAGGUAGCCUAUAGUAACAGCAUCAAGUCAGUAUAUUCAAGUCAAGACUUCACAUUGUAUAAAUAGACAUUCCCAUUGAGCACAUCUCAGUUUUGGCGUGUUUAAUAAACAGCCUCCUCUGAUCAAGGCAUCACAGGUUUUAUUUAUUAAAUUUUUUUGUAGAGAUAUUUGCAGCAGAACAAGGCAGAUGUUUUUUCGCCUCCUGUAAUAUCCCAAAACAUAAUCUCUGUGCCAUUGUCAUCUACACCGGCCCAGGCAUGGGCAUUUGCAGCAGGUGAGUGACAGCCAAUUAGAGAGUUUAUGAGAGGCCCAUUCAUAAGCAGAGGGAGAAGUGGGUCCCCAUAGCAGCACGCAGACACACUUCCUUUUGAACUGACUGAGCUGAGCCAGGCUGGGAAAGUAGGCCACCCAAAGCAGCAAGAGACUUCCAGGUAGAUGAGUGGAGAAUGCAAAUCCCCCAGAUCCAUUAUUGAAGGCGUUCUCCACCAGGGCAAGAGAGCAUCCUAAUUGUCACUUUUCUGAAUGGUGUCUUUAUCUCUGUGUGCAUUUAUAAUCCCCAUCUUAUACCAUACAACAUUGCCUGUGCUUUAAGUACAUCCCUAGUGGGCAUAAUUAUCUAAAAACCUUUCACCAGCUUUUUGUCCGGGUAGAUAGAAGGCGGUUGGUGGAUUGGUUUCCUGUUACAUGGAUGUUGGCAUUUGGCGAUGCUCUUCAUUGAGAUGGUAAAACUCAGGCUCAAGCAUUUGAUUCCUGAUUAGAAUCUGAAUAAAUCAUUACUGCAGCUAUAAAUAGAGAGUUGCCAAGCAGUUGUAAAAUUUACUUCAUGUAUUUAUUUAUGUUAAAGCAACAGGAAUUAAUUAUAAAUGCUCUGUGACAAGCUAAACAUUCAUGUGGUGGGUGAGAGGGAAUGCGAAUUUGGGUCAAGCUCCCACUGAAGCACUCUGAAAAACCCUGUCUGUGUGACAGAAGCUUGGACAGCUAACUACCAAAAUUGUGUUAAUGUGUGUGUGUGUGUGUGUGAGUGUGUGUGUGUGUGUGUGAGUGUGUGCGUGUUUGUGCAUGUGCAUGCAUGCAUUUGUGUGUGUAUGACUCUUACACUUCUUGUGGGCUACUGUAGAAAAAUCUCUUACGUAGUAAAAAGUCUCUUACAUAGUCAAUGAAUCUAUUUUGAUAGGGUCAGUAUUGCAGUAGAUCAUCUCAUUACAAGUUUAUUUUAGUGGUGUUUUAGUAGCUUGCACCAAACUCUGUGGUGGUGAUGCUGGUGGUCUUGCUAUGGAUACCAAACAUGGAAACAUAGCGAGGGGUGGAGAUCCUCUGGUGAUGAGCGAUUACAAAGCAUGGAGCGCUUCAGGCUUUGAUCAGUGGCCCCUAUAGCCAAUCACACACGCUGUAAAUUGACAGCAAUCCGGAAAACACACACAACAAUUUCAUUUUCUUCUGUUUACAAUGGUGCGGAAAAGUAAGGCGCUGAGAGGAGCAUGAUAUGAGCACCAUGGUAUUCGCACGGUUAUUAAUGCAUGGUGAGCCAGAUCUCUCGCUCUGAUGUUUCUCCGCAGAGAGAGAGAGAGAGAGUGAGAGAGUGAGAGGAGAGAAGAGAGAGAGAGAGAGAGAGAGAGAGAGAGAGAGAGAGAGAGAGAGAGAGAGAGAGGAGAGAAGAGAGAGAGAGAGAGAUGAGUGUAGAGAGUAUAGAGAGAGAGAGAGAGAUGAGAGGAGAGUAUAUGAAGAUGUUACGAUGAGAGUGAGUUAGGAGGAGAUGUGAUAACAGUGUGAACGAGAGAGGAGGCAAUAGAAGAAGCUAUUGGCAUGUAGAUGAUAUUGGUAUUUGAAUGAGUUGCGGAGAUCAGAUGCCAUGACUGGCAUGUAAAUGUCUCUCUGUAGAUUGGGUGCAAGGCGUUACUACGGCUGGUGCUAUUUACUGUGGAAAACACUAUGCAAAUGGUGCAAAUGGUGACAUUUCCUCUCCAACAGAUUCAUAGUUGUACUACCAUGCAGACCUUUACAACUGUAUCCUCUUUGCUACAGGGUGUCAGAAAAGGUACAAGAGUGGCAUUUCACUCUUUCAAGUGCCAUAGCUCAGUUUUGAGUAGCUUUUGGUGGACUUCUCUUGAAACACAGAGAUGUGUUUCAGCCUAAUCUAAGACUAUGGAAGGACCUCUUGCAGGUCUGUGAACUACGUGGCUGAUUGAGCGACGAUUACCUUUUAAUAAUAGGGUUACAUAAUUCAGAACAAACCAAAGAUAUAGCCCAGAGUGUUUAACAUUCAAGUAUAAAUGGUGUUAUGUAAGUUUAGAAAAAAAAUAUGGGAUAAAAGCAGCUAGUGGUAUUUAUACACUUCUGACAAACAUGAGUGACAUGAGUGAUGUGAUGAUUUUGUGAAAUAAUACUAAACCGCCCACUACAGUACAUGCCUUUGGUCUUUGACUGUUGCUUGAAAACUGCAAGCCUAUAUGUGUUUAUGUAUCUUAAUCUUCUUAAAGGGGCAGUGCAGUUAAAAACAUGAUUUUCCUGUGUGUUAUAUAUAUUUCCACACUAUGAGGUUGGAAUAAUACUGUGAAAUUGUGAAAAUUAUGAAAAACCACCUGAAAUAUCAGCUUGUUUUCCAUGGGUGGGAUUUUGGACCGCCUGGCGACAUAACCAGGCAGUAUAAGUUAAUAGACCAAUAACAAAGAGUGUUCGCCUCCUCUCUGCAAUAACAGCUAGUUUUCAGGUUACAUAUCCCUCCAAUUAAGCUCCUCCAAUUAUGCCCCUCAUUCAGACCACUCCCAGACAGUCCUAGCAAAAUUAUUGUUUGAGAAAUAGCUUUUAGCUAAGAAGCUAUUUUAGUUUAUUUUGUAACAAAACAUUUUUUUACAAUCACAUUAAGGUACUUGUUACCCAGAAAUGAUUCGAUUUUGAGAUAAAAACGGCUGCAUUGGACCUUUAAAUGUACAGUUAAAUACAUCAGUCAGACCUAGGCCAGUCCAAUGACUAAUCUGAAGGUGGUUAAAUUUGCUAAUUCAGUUCUUUCAGGUCAAGGGUCACCAAGGAGUGAGAUGAAGGAAGAAAGUCGUAUAACGGCAUAUAGCAGCCACCAUUUUCAGCUAUCGCAGUGGAGAAGCAAUUAGGACCCAGCCAACUGCUCAGUUACUGCUGCUACAUACACUACGGAUACAGUAGUUAGUGCCUCAUAAAUGCUACAGGAGUACGAGUGGUAUAUUUUCCCCCACAGCAUCAGAACGCACACAUAGAACCACCAAUGGAGAAAUGAACGAUAAGUAAAUGUGUGGUGCUUUACAGUAGCUAAGGGCAAUUUUCUUUAUAGGCGGUUUUACUGCAUGAGAGUGUAAUCUAACUAGUGUGGCUUCUCUCUCUCUCUCUCUCUCUCCCCCCCCCCCCCCCCCCCACUCCACAGCUGUACAUUCAGACGACUACCCUCACCAUCUCUAUGAACCUCAGUGCCUCUGUAGCUCUCGGGAUGCUCUACAUGCCCAAGGUAUACGUCAUCAUCUUCCACCCGGAGCUAAACGUGCAGAAGAGGAAGAGGAGCUUCAAGGCCGUGGUCACUGCCGCAACCAUGUCCUCCCGUCUCUCUGUGAAGCCCAGCGAGAGGCCCAAUGGAGAGGCCAAGACUGAGCUGUGUGAAAACCCACCCGCCGCACCCACCGACCCCAUGAGUGAGUCAGGCCAU